AUGGCAGGCAAUCGGCAACAGGCAGCGGAAAAGGCCCUGCAUGAUCAAACGAAUAUACUCCCACGAGGACGGCUUCUUGUUGUCUUUGCCGGUCUCGCGAUCUCGCUGUUUAUUUCUUUCGUCGACCAAAAUGGAAUCACCGUGACAUUACCGUCAAUCGCAGAGGAUCUGAACGGGAAAGAUACGAUAUCAUGGGCGGGCACAUCAUCACUCAUCGCCAACACCAUGUUCAGCGUGUUGUACGGGCGGUUAUCAGACAUCUUUGGGCGGAAGAUUGUGUACUUGUGCGCAUUGGCAUUGCUAUGUAUCGCGGACUUGCUCUGCGGGUUGUCUCAGAAUGCAGCCAUGUUUUAUGUCUUCCGCGGCCUGGCCGGUGUUGCCGGGGGCGGUAUUAGCUCUUUGGCUAUGAUCAUCGUGUCGGACGUUGUGACCCUCGAGCAGAGGGGCAAGUAUCAGGGAAUUCUGGGAGCGGCGUUGGGUAUUGCCAAUGUUGUUGGUCCGUUCAUCGCGGCGGCGUUCAUUCUCCGAGCGACAUGGCGUGGGUUCUUCUGGAUGCUUGCGCCGCUGGCUGCUUGCUCAAUUGUUGUGGGAUACUUCCUCAUUCCUGAUACCGCGGCCAAGGGCAGUUUCCGGACGAAUCUGAAGAAGAUUGAUUAUUUCGGUAUCAUUGCCUCCUCGAUUGGCAUCAUCUUCCUGUUGAUUCCGAUCUCUGGGGGUGGUUCAUACUUCGUGUGGGAUUCGCCCAUGGUCAUCAGCAUGCUUGUUAUUGGAGGAUUGUCGUUGAUCACCUUCUUCUUCAUCGAAUGGAAGAUCGCAGUGUUGCCCAUGUUGCCGAUGGAGUUUUUCAAGAACAAGGUCAUCGUUGCGCUCUUCCUGCAGAGCUUUCUGUUAGGAGCUGUUUACCAAGCAUACCUCUACUACCUCCCACUCUACUACCAAAACGCCCGUGGCUGGUCCCCAAUCGUCUCGGCAGCCCUAACAUGUCCGAUGGUCGCCUGUCAAUCCAUCUCGUCCGUGCUCUCAGGUCAAUAUAUUUCACGCCAAAAACGAUACGGUGAGGUCAUCUGGUUUGGCUUCGGCAUGUGGACACUCGGCGCCGGCCUAACCCUCCUCUUCAACACAUCCACCCACCCCGCUGCAAUAGCAGUAAUUGUCGCCAUCACUGGCACCGGAGUGGGCUGCACCUUCCAACCAACCCUGGUAGCCUUCCAAGCACACUGCACGAAGCGCCAGCGUGCCGUCGUAAUCUCAGACCGGAAUUUCUUCCGCUGCAUGGGCGGUGCGUGUGGUCUCGCCAUCUCCGGUGCUGUAUUGCAAGCAACGCUCCGCUCGCACUUGCCAGCCGGGUAUAAAAACCUGUCGGAUUCGACGUACUCGUUGCCGUCCCAGUCGUCGGUGCCAGAGGCUGCGUGGGGUGGAAUUGUGGAUGCGUAUACGGCUGCAAGCAAGGCGGUGUUUAUCUUGCAGGUGCCAUUAAUCGGGGUUUGCUUCUUGGCUUGUUUGUUGAUUAGGGAUCAUGGGUUGGAGAGGCCGAAGGAUGCUGCGGAGUUGGAGGAGGAGAGGAGGAGGGAGAUUGAGGCGAGGGAGAAAAGUGCGGACUCUUCAGAGACGACUAGUCAGGUUUUGACGCCCGAGAGGCGCUCCGUUGAGAGAGAGGAUGGGAAUGGAGGUGGGAAUGAAAAGGGGAGGGAGGAGGUUUGA